CUAUGAGAAGGAAAAAAACUUUUCAAGGUUAUACAGUUGCACAUGUAAUCAAAUGCUAAUAAUUAAUACCAAUUAGAGCAAAGUUAGCGUUGUUAAAAUUCAAAACAGUACAACUAGUGGUAAUGGAACAUUACUACUUGUUCAGAAAGAAAGCAGUCUUAUAAGGUCCAAAAGAAAGGAACAACUGACCAAAACUCCAAAGUGAACAGACCCAGCUAGCAAGACUUGAAAAGUCAACAGAAUCAUCAGCCUGAGUAUCCUUCCGCAACUCUGCCACUAGCACAGCCCAAUACAAAAGUCAUCUUCACCAAAUCCAAACCCAGAAAACCUUUAAACCAAACCGCAAACUCUUUACCGAUCAACAGUAUAACCCCAAAAAAUCUCAAUUUUGUCCCUCUUUCUCUCCAAAAAUGAUGGAACAGGAAGAAAAUGUUCACUAUUGGGGCAACAUCUCAGAGGAAGAGUACUACAAGCAGCAAGGAAUCAAGGCAUCAAAAUCAUUCUACACCUCACCAAGAGGCCUCUCUCUCUUCACAAGAUCAUGGCUUCCGAUCUCUGGCACUCCACGUGGAGUCAUCUUUGGGAUCCACGGGUAUGGAAAUGACAUGAGCUGGACUUUCCAGUCCACACCAAUCUUCCUUGCUCAGAAAGGUUUUGCCUGUUUUGCCCUUGACCUUGAAGGCCAUGGGAGAUCUCAAGGCCUAAGAUGUUAUGUCCCAAAUGUUGAUUUAGUUGUUCAAGAUUGUCUCUCUUACUUCAAUUUCAUCAAGCAAGACCCUAACUUUGAUGGGUUACCUUGUUUCCUUUAUGGAGAAUCCAUGGGAGGUGCUAUUUCUUUGUUGGUUCAUUUUGCUGAUCCAAAAGGGUUCCAAGGAGCAGUUCUGGUAGCACCCAUGUGCAAAAUCUCAGAUAAGGUAAAACCCAGAUGGCCACUUCCUCAAGUUCUCACUUUUAUCUCAAAAUUCUUGCCCACUUUGCCAAUUGUACCAACAGAAGAUAUCUUAUACAAAUCAGUAAAGGUAGAAGAAAAGAAAAUUAUAGGAAACAAGAAUCCUUCAAGAUACAGAGGAAAGCCAAGAUUAGGUACAGUUGCUGAACUCCUGAAAGUAACCGAGUAUUUGAGUCAAAAGCUAUGUGAUGUGAGUAUCCCAUUCCUCAUCGUACACGGCAGUGCAGAUGUUGUUACGGAUCCCGAAGUGAGCAGGGCUUUAUACAAUGAAGCAUCCAGUCAGGACAAGACAAUAAAGAUAUAUGAAGGAAUGUGGCAUUCGUUGUUGUUUGGUGAACCUGAUGACAACAUCGAAAUUGUUCGCAGUGAUAUUUUGUCUUGGUUGAAUGAUAGAUGUAACACAAGAUCAGAAUAGGUUUAUCAUUUAUACUUUAUGAUUUAAGUAAUAUUAUAAAAAAAAAUCAUGUUUUAGGGUUGAUUUAUGUGUUGUUUGAUAUUGAGGAUUGGAAAUUCAAUAUACAAAAUAUUUGUUCAAGGAUUGGGAUGCCAACUUUGGAUGAAAAAGCCAGGGGCAACAACGGUCACUUCAUUUUGAGUCUAAUCUCUAUGGAAGCAAACAAAUUAACGAAAAGUCUUUCUAUUCAUCUGUCUCCUUGCCAUUUUUACGCUCAGAGACGAUGGUAUAUACAUAACCGAGUCAUUUGCUUCCUCUUAAAUAACUCUUUAUAGAUCACAUGCGCCGCAGACAUGGUGACUUCAAUGAGGGUGUAGCUUCCUCUUCGUGCUUGAAGAAACAAGAUAACAAAGAGAAAAUUUAUUGCAGUUUGCAUAAUAAUUUGAUUCGAUGCAAUUAUUAUGCGUCUCGUGACUGGUUAGGUUUUGAAGUGGUCUUAUGUUCUCAUUCCUAGAUAUGUAAAUUUUACCACACCCAAUAAGAAAUUUAAUUUUUUAUUCACAU